CUCACAACUGCACUUCGGGUUUGACUUUCGUUCGGUGUGGAUCGACGACGCAGUGGUGGUGAUUUUUUGACGCGUGUGUUUUCUCGGGACUACCUAUAGAAGAAAAAAGUUGCUGCAAGGUUUUUCGUUUGCUGAAAAAUCUGCAUUUCAUCGUUCGAUUCGCUGUAAAAUCGGUGAAGUUUGGUGGUUUAGAUUGUCCAGAUCUCAACUGCAGUAAGGAACGUAUCGAUUUCGUUCGAUUCGACUGGAAUUUUCGCAUUUUUCCGCAGAAGCCGACCAAUAGUUUAAUCAUCAUGAGUGAAAAGGAACACCAACAAAAUGGCGAUCACCAGAACGGAGAUGAGGACAUCCGCGAACCGGAACAUCUGCGGAAGCUGUUCAUCGGCGGUCUGGACUACCGCACCACCGACGAAACCCUGAAGGCCUACUUUGAAAAGUGGGGCAAAGUAGUGGACGUGGUCGUCAUGAAGGAUCCCAAGACCAAGCGUAGCCGCGGGUUCGGUUUCAUCACGUACUCCAAGCCGUACAUGGUGGACGAGGCCCAGGCCAAGCGACCGCACAAGAUCGAUGGCCGCGUUGUGGAACCCAAGCGAGCCGUUCCCCGCCAGGACAUCAACCGUCCGGAGGCUGGUGCCUCGGUUAAGAAGCUUUUCGUCGGUGGAUUGCGGGAUGAUUUCGACGAGGAGCAUCUGCGGGACUACUUCGGUUCCUUCGGAAAUGUCAUUUCGGCUUGCAUUGUGACCGACAAGGAGAACGGCAAGAAGCGUGGAUUCGGAUUCGUUGAGUUUGACGACUACGAUCCCGUGGACAAGAUUAUCUUGCAAAAGAGCCACACCAUCCAGAAUAAGAUGUUGGAUGUGAAGAAAGCCUUGCCCAAACAGGAAAUGGAUCGGUACAAGACCGACGGUGGUCGCGGAGCAGGUGGCGGUGGCGCCUGGGGUAGCCAACCGCGCGGUGGUGGUCCGUCCCAAGGAUGGGGACAGGGCGGUGGCCGAGGAGCUGGUGGUUGGGGACAAAGCCAACGUGGUGGCCAGAACGAGUGGGGCAGUAGCGGAUUCCAGCAGCAGGGUGGAUUCAAUAACGGUGGCUAUGGAAAUGGUGGUGGCUACAGCCAGGGUGGAAACUGGGGCGGACAGGGUGGAAACCCGUGGGACCAAAGCUGUGGCCAGCAGGGAGGCUGGGGUCAGCAGAGCGGUGGCUGGGGACAGGGAGGCGGCAAUUUCGGUAACGAUUUUGGCAACAAUUACCAGCAGGGAUACAGUGCCGGCCCAAUGCGCACGGGAGGAUACCAGAACCAGCGGUCGGCACCAUACGGUAUGGAGUCGUACGACGGUAAUCAAGGUGGGUUCGGAGGAAGCGGCGGUUAUGGAAACGCUGGAGGCAACCGUCGGUAUUAAACACCUACCUACCGAAGUACAAGCUGACUGAAAGAGGCUGGGACACACGCUCUAUUGUGUAAGGUUUUGCAAAGAACAGGGAGACAAAGUACAGAAGGUCAGAAUCAGUCGAAUAAAGAGAGAAAUGAAGGUCAAAUAGGCGUGUGAGGAGUGAUGAGGAAAAGGAAGAAGCCAAAAGAUGAAGGAGUAUGAAGAGAGUGCAGAAAGGAGAAAGCAUUCGUAUUUGUUUUAUUAAGCUAACCAAGGAAGAGGAAACAACCAGAAACACAAGUAUAUAGACAAAUCAUUCAACAGGAAGACGCAGACAGCCAGCAGGAGGAUGAGAAGUGAUUUUAUUGACAGAAGCAGAAGAAUCUUUAGUGAGAAGGAGAAUCUUUGAGGGAGUGAGAAGAAUUGGAACAAAGAAGAAAACCAGCAGCCAGGAUAAGAAGCCAGAGAAGUCUAAAGUAUCAAUCAACGUGCAGAGUCGUAUAGAGCACGAGCAGGUUAAUUUCUUGGACUGAUGAUUAUAUCCAAUGUUGCUUCGUCGCCGGCAAUCCUCACACCCUCCUAGGCUCGCUUUCUGAGCAAACAGCCCAAGUCCAAGAAGAAUAUUGCAAUGAUUCUUCAUACAACAAUAGAUCUCCGACCCUUUAUUAUCCUACUUAUAUUAGGAUAUUCGGGCAACAGUUUUCCCUCUCACGCAAUUUUCUUCGUGUGCAAAAAAUGAUUAGUUUCAUUUUUAUAUAGUGCAGCAGUAAAAUCAUGCAGAAAAAUCAUUAAGCAAAAUCUAGUUGUAGAGGUAUUUAAUUUAAGGAUCAGUUGUAAGAGAAAUUUAUCUUUUCUCGCAAUAUACACAACACAUAAUAUUGAUUAUCUUAUAACGGAAAACAAAACAUAGUAAAGGAAUGCCUAGAUAAGCAAACAAACUCGUAAAAAUCGUCCAUCAAAAAGAGAAUAUACAAAUACUUUGAAACAUACACACACUAAAAUAAACCAAUCAGAUUGAGACUAGUGGAAAUCAACAGAUGGUAGUGCAGAAAUUUACCAAGGGAGAAAAAUCUGAGGGAUGGCUGAGAGCUUUAUCAUCUACGCAUUGUUUCGAAAUUUUCUUUCGAACUUCUUUGUUUGCACUCCCUUUUUUUUUCUCCGGUGUAAAAGUUUGCCGGUGUAUUUUUUUCCUUUAUUCGCGAAAAUUUAGAUUUUCGUACAUUUUUUUCAUUUAAAUUUUAUUAAUUUAUUUUUCAGUUUGACUGAUAAUUACUAAAAGUUUUGUUUCUCUGUGUCCCUGCUUCGUAGUAAAAAAGUUAGAACAUCGAUCAAAUUCAAUUAGUGAAUGAGAUAGAAGUUAAAAUUUGUGUAAACCAUUAUCAAAUCCCAAAAAACCACCCCCGCCCCCCAGAUUCAGAGUCUCGUUGCGAGAAGGAUUCCUAGAAUUAGAGAGCAGUCAUAUGGAGUAGCUAAAAGGCAAAAGCAGUAAAAAUCCAAGCAAAAGUUAUCUGUACUAACAAGUAGAUGAGCAACUUAAGAUUUAAUCAACUAAAUGUUCAAAUCAAAUAAUUUUCAAGAUAGUAAAGGAAACAAGAAAGUAUAGUAAGAGAACAAACACUUAAA